UUAUAAAUAGACAAGGCUGACUGACGUUAACGCGCGAAAUAUGUGGAGAUGUGGGAGUCAUCGCGGCAUCCUGCAGACGAGGAAAUACCUCGCGCGAAUCUACUUUCAUUUUACACCUCGAUCGACAUAUUGUCGCGUUCCGAUGGAUUUGACAGAUUACGCGCGAUAAACAUUCUCUGAACGUCCGAAUGAUUCUGUAGAAUGUCAGAAUGAAUCUUCAGAGUCGUCUCUAAAUGAUUUGAGGUGUAAAUUAAGUCUGGGAUAGUCAACGCUCCCCAGUGAGAUUCCAACCAGAAGGGCCGUGAAGAUCAGGCCUAAUGGAAGACAUAGAGACCGAGCUGACCUGCUCCGAGCAGGAUGUUUUAGGAGCAGACUUCAUCACAGUGGAACUUGACACCCAACCCAUCGAAUACGUGGUGAAGUGGGCCGAGCAGGGCUCCAAAUUCACUAUAUCCUGUGUGAAAAAAGAUUUGGAAGAUGGUGCCUGCUUCACUUCCGAUCAGAUGGUCAAACUGGAUCCGGAAGAGACGUUCUUCGUCCCUUACGAGUCCGUGUUCCCGGAAUGCGACGACGGAGAUCCAGAUUUGAUCGCGACGCACGUGGAAGAGGUGGUGAGCGAGCCGGACUUGGAUGACGGCACGGAGCCGGGGAUUAGUGAGCCGUGCCACGACGAGCAGGUUUCUGAUACAUGCUGGCUGAAGGAGGCGUCUCGGUCCAGAACCUAUAACUGCCACAUCUGCGGAAAAACCUACAGCCAUUCGUCCAGUCUCGCACGCCAUCUGCACGUACACUCGGAUAGGACGUCCCUGUCCUCCUCUAAAGAGUUCGGCAAGUUAGGAGACAGCAAAAAGUCUCUCCAGUGCAACAUGUGCGGGGUGAGGUGCAACGGUAAGCGGCUUUUGGCGAUACACAAGAAAUGCCACAAAACCAAGAGACUGCACACGUGCAACAUAUGCGGCAAGACAUUCAAUCACAGCUCUAGUUUGUCACGGCAUAGGCUGAUCCAUAAAAAAGGCCUGGAUAAAACCGUCAGGCCGCUGUACCCGGACCCACCCCCAACUCCUAUCAUGGCCCAACACACUUUCUCAUCCAGGCACGGCACCAACAGAAGAUCGAGCCCCUCAGGACAAAGACAGAAGCAGUACCAGUGCCCGCAGUGCGACAGGGUCUUCAGCCACUCCGCCGGCCUUUCCAAGCACCAGGUGGCACACGUGCGACAGCUGCUCAGCACGUACGCGCAGGGCAAAGAUGAGCUCAACAAAUCCUCGGACCUGAAGAUCCGCCUGAAGCUGUGCUCUCGCGACAAGCCCAACUACUACACCCUGUGCAAGAAGAACAAGCGCAAAAAGGGCGGCAAGAAGAGGCUGUGCCUGCCGAAUGAGGAGCGACCGUACUCCUGCUGCAUGUGCGAGAAGCGCUUCAGCCACACCACCAGCCUUUCCCGCCACGAGCACAUGCACGCCAACGAAAAGCGCUACACUUGCAACGUCUGCAAGAAGACCUUCAUCCGGCUGUCCAACCUGAAGCAGCACCAGCAAACGCACGCUUCGGGGAAGCUCUACCAGUGCCCGCAGUGCGGGAAGACUUUCGUUCACUCCUCCAGCUUCUCCAGGCAUAAGAAGGUACACAUGGGGAUCAAGCUGUCCCCGAAACAUUGCGAAGAGGAACUGGUCAUUGAUGAGUCGGCCCCGCUGGAUUUUGAGUCCGAGUGAGACAGACAGAGGCGUGGAACUCUCGCACAGCAGACUCAGGGCUUCUGGACCUUUCUUGACAUUUGGUGAUGGUGCUCAAGGGCGAGCUGAUGAGGAAAAUCGUUAUUGAUGUGUGUUUGAUGGUUUUGCUUGACCCCUUUUUGCGAAGAAUCUCGGUGUGGUGUGUUCUCAAGAGUUCGAUCUAAUAUUCUUGUAAUAUUUCAAGCGUUCUGGCUAGAGGGUGGAGUGAUCGCCUUGGUUAAUGUAAAAGAUGUGUUUGUUUGUUUUUUUUACAUUCCCUUUUUUGUUCCAUUCACUUUAAUGGCCGGGUUAUUAUUUGCCAGCCAGUCUGUGUUAUUUAUUUCUCUGUUUGUGGGUAUUCACGAAGAAUCAGCUGACGUCGGCAAUACACAUGUUAUUUAUUUUCUGUGCGUGCACUGACCUGUGACAAAAAGGACUUAUUUGGGGGGGUGGCUGAUCAAAGGUGAGAGCGUGGGUAGUCAAGGACAAAGAUAAGGUUGAAUUGAUCAUUGAUAGUGGAGUAAUAGUACAUUUUUAUAUGCAAUUUACUUGCCCCGCGUUCCAUUAAGUGUGCAAUCUGAAUCAGUUAUUUCCCAAUAUUUAGUGACUUAUUAUCUUAGACCAACAGAUGCUUUUUUCACCUUAAAACACCGUUCCAAUAGUUGUUUGAGUGCAGUUUGAUCACCUAAAAGUUGAAGCGUUUUGGGGCGAUUUGAUCAUUUAUGGUUUGUCUGGAACUGAUGGAUACCAUUGUGUGAUUCGGGACACAUUGUUCCCGGUACUGAUCAUUUGUCAAAAUAUGAAAUUCAUAUCCAUGAAGUUUAUUUAUGAUGAUACAGUGGAUGCUUGUAAGACAUUAAAUGUGUACAGAUUUAAAAUACUGUACAUUUCGGUGUGCACUUGACGAACACGAGGACAUACUCACAAAAUGUGUGCUUUUUACUUCUGUAUAUGUGUAAAAAGAUGCCGUUGCAAAAAAAAAGAAGUUCUAUCUGAAUUAUUUUUCUGUAUAAUUCUAAGUUAUGGAAUAGCCAAAGGAUUUCAUAUUUUAACAAGCAUUGCACUAUUGUAUUUAUAGACAAAAGCACUACAUGUUUGGUGAAUUGGAACGGUAGUCCUCAACACUGGACAAAACCUCGAAACUUGGAAAUAUCUUCCACGCAUUCUGAAAAAUUGAUCAAGUGCCCUCAGCUGCUUAGUGUAAGACCAAAGCUUUUCAAUGCACACAUGCACCACUUCAGUUCAUUAAACAGCAUUCAGUCAGUCUUUUGUUCAGUGUUCAUACAGGCCUGGACCUUUGCUUACCAUUUACUGUCUGAAUUGAAAUUGAAUUGCAAUUACUAACCUAUUUACGGUGUUUAUGAGACUUUGGAGUGAAGUUGCACAAGUGAAGCAGAGAUUACACUCCAGGUUACAUCCAGAAUGAUGUUUGUUAUUAAAAAGGAAAAGCGACAUUGUAUUAGAAAUGUUUCCUUUGUUCUUGAAGUGUAAAAGUAUGUUCCCCGAUUUUAUGGAUCUUUCAUUCCCAUUGUUCUCUAUAUUCUUUGCUGUGAUAAAAAAGGAUUCCUCUCCUAUCCACACUCCUUGUAUUUAGUUUGUCAUUUAACGUUGUUUUUGGUUGCUGUAGCUGUUUCAAUGCAGCAGACCUUUUUUUCACUAGAUAUGUAUGUUUUAGUGUUGUGUUUGCCAUUAGAUUACAGCUUAUUUGUGUUGUAUUUUUGUAAUAAAUCAUUGAUUUGAGAAUCA